ACAACAGAAAAUAUUGCAUGCAGCAUAUUCUGGUCACUAGACCUGUAAAUAUUAACUGUAUUUUCGGGUGGCUGAGUUGUUGGUGUGUGGAGCAUUUGUUGUUAUUCUGGUUGUGUUGGUGGCGCUGCGUCGCACCGGUGCAACCAGAUCCAGUGACACAGCGUCGGGAUGAGUGGAGCUGGUCGGGACAUGUCUGACUAGAAACCUGUUUUAUUUUCCAACGCGAACAGCUUUUAACCCCCGUGUUGAAGAUGGGACAGUGCGGUAUUACGUCGUCAAAGACGGUCCUAGUCUUUCUGAACCUGAUAUUUUGGGCCGCUGCUGGUAUCCUGUGCUAUGUUGGAGCGUAUGUCUUCAUUACAUACGAUGAUUACGAUCACUUCUUUGAAGACGUGUACACUCUCAUACCAGCAGUGACCAUUAUUGGUGUUGGAGCCCUCCUUUUCAUUAUAGGGCUCAUUGGAUGCUGCGCUACAGUGAGAGAGAGCUACUGUGGACUAACAACGUUUGUCGUCAUUCUCCUGCUGGUUUUCAUUUCGGAAGUGGCAGUGGUGGUUCUCGGAUAUGUGUACAGAGCAAAGGUUGAAAAUGAAGUUAAUGUUUCAAUCAAGAAAGUGUAUGAUGAGUACAACGGCACCAACAGCAAUGCCCAGAGCCGUGCCAUCGACUACAUUCAGAGACAGCUCCAGUGUUGUGGGAUCCACAAUUACUCAGACUGGCAAAAUACACACUGGUAUGAAGAAUCCAAAAACAACAGCGUACCCAUCAGCUGUUGCAAAACUAACACUGGAAGCUGCACGGGGUCCCUCACUCAUCCUGAAGAUCUCUACCAAGAGGGUUGUGAAGCUUUGGUUGUGAAGAAGUUGAAGGAGAUCAUGAUGUAUGUCAUCUGGACUGCGCUGACAUUCGCUGCAAUCCAGAUGCUGGGGAUGCUGUGUGCGUGUGUCGUGCUGUGCCGCAGAAGCAGAGAUCCUCCCUAUGAGCUUCUUAUUACAGGGGGCACCUAUGCAUAAUGGAGAACACCUGUCUCACAAUAACACACACUUUCAGAAUUUAUUUGUGUCAUUGGUGAGAGCAUGAAAAUAAUCAGUUACCACACUAACCUUAAAACACCAACCACACUAAAGUUAUAUUUUACUUGUUUUUUUCCAAAAAGGCUAUAGACCAAAUUCUUUAAUGGUCAAUGUAAAUGAGAUGUAGAAAGUAUUCUGCUGUUGUGAGGGUGGCACAAGGGUGUAACACCCCCUUCUAUAUAUGGAGUAAAUAUGGACAGGGUUAUUUCCUCAUAUAUUUGUUUGCACUAUGUGUACGACUUUAAAUAUUUUAUAUUUAAAUCUGUCCUGUACUUUAAUGAAAGAAUGUAUAAUUUUAUCCUUUACCCCCACUUCUGCUAUUGCUACAAGUCUUCUUCUUCUUCUUCUUCUUCUUCUUCUUCUUCUUCUUCUUCUUCUUCUACUACUAUUACAGCUCAGAUUUGGUUUAAAAUACCUCACCCCCCCCCCUCCCAACCUGGAGUAUUUUGUCAGUAAAUGCCCCAAGCUAAUGGCAAGCUAUUGCGUGGAAACUGUGGGAUAGUUUGGAUUCUUUAAAGUUGAGUAUGAGGUACUUAUCCGUACUUGUAGAGAAGCACAGAAGCUAAAUAAUGAACUGCAGCAGUGAAACUUAUUUCAGCCGUUUUUAAGAGAUCAAUAUUAGUUUAAGCAUGAGCUUUAUUUCGAAUAUUUUUCCCACUUAUCCUCAGACAGGGGAAGUGAAGCUGUUGUCUAUGCUCUCUUUAAAGCCACUCCUGUAACAAAAAACCUAAUUUGAACCCACAGAGGGACCUUGGUGUUUAAAGAGGGUUAGUUCAGAGUCACCAAAGUCAUAGAUGGGCAGUUUCAGUUCCUCGUCAGAAAUAAAUACAUUAAGUUCUCUAAAGGCUGUAGGUACUGUAGCUAAUUCCUCAUACAUCCCCACUUCAGAAAAUCCAAACCAUCCGAUUAAUUGGCUUUGCUUACCUUUUCUUUUAAAAAUCAAACAUUUGAAUCCCUGAAGUAUAUGGGGUUUUUCAAGUAGUAGUGCAUUCUUAACUCAAGAUCAACUUUGUCCUAUAGCUGUGUUGUUUGUUUUUGUCUCAACAGUCAAUGAUGGUAGUUUUGAAAUUUGAUUUUCUGAUAUGUAGCAAUAGCGAGACUCAAGAAUGUAAAUAAAAUGUGUGAAAUUAAA